AUAUAAAGAUGGACUUAUCGCUGUAUAUGAUAUGUAAUUAUUUUACUUUGCUCUUUUCCAUUAAAGUGUACUUUUUCUAGUCGAUUAAAGACAAAUAUAAUGUUAACAAGUUUAAAUCUGUUUUUAUACAGUCUAUGGUUUAAAUGCAAGAUUAUGAUGAAGUUAGAUCAUAUCUACUGUUCCUUAUAAUAUAUGAACUCAAACUCUAAAUUCAAGGCUGAAUAGUCUCAAAGAAUCUACGUUUACAGUACAGUCUUCUAUUGUUAACAUGAAUAUGCCAUUUUUAUCGCCGUCUAAAAACCUUUUUUGCUUAAUUUGUUAGAAUAAUAACAUUUCCCUCAUAUCAGCAUGUUUAUGUGUAAAUCCUGAUUUUUGUCUCUGAACUGCUUGGUGAUAGAUUUCACAGAAUCACUCUUGUGAGAAUCACUGGCUGCAGGAUGUUCUUGACUCUGGCUCUUUUGCGGAAGGGAAUCCCAGGAAAGCAGUGGAUCGGGAAGUACCGUCGAUCCCGAGCAGUCAUCUGGCAGAUGAGACACAAUGUGAUUAAACGCCUGGAACAGGAAGCAGAGAAUGAACACUGGAUCAGCCGACCGUUCAUGAUGCAGGAACAGGAGCAAGGCCACGCAGCACAGAGGCACGAGUGGAUGUGGCAACAAAUCAAAGCUGCACACCAAGCCAAGUUUCCUGAACUCAAAUACAUUGCAGACUAACUAAACCACCUGAAAAUCCUGAAGACCUGGCCCAGCUGAACAGAACAUCAAAGACUGAUGGAUCUCAAUGUUUGGAGAG